AUGCUGGGGACUACUUGGAAAGAGGCAAUCACGCAGGGCUGCAUGGUAAACUUCGUCAGUAUCUGCACACACCUUCAAGACGACGACUAUCCCUACGUCUACCUUCUCACUGCCCCAAAAGUACUAGGCCAUGUCUUCAACCCUGUUUCAUUCUGGUAUCUGUAUUCGGUCAGCCGAACAUUAGCCGCCGUGAUCUUGGAAGUGAACAACAAUUUUGGCGAGCGACAUAUGUACCUGCUGAAAGCAUCAGGAAUGUCAGGUGGCGCUAGUGGCGCCGAUCCUGUUGAUCCGCCUUGUCCCAGGACAUCGAAUCACUUCACCAGCAUUUGGCCGAAAGAUUUCCAUGUCUCACCGUUCAACCCCCGAGAGGGCAUGUCGUAUGCCUUGACAACCGCUGACCCCUUACUGGCGGGCCCUGAAGGAACGCAGCCGAUCGAUAGCCGGAUCGUACUAGUGGCCUCCGAUCGCCGCGUCCAACUCAUCGCCACUAUCCGCGCCACAGGACCGGCGAUCCGCCCAGCAGCUCUCUCCACUUCCCAGAGAUACCAGCUGAUCUUCUCGUGGGGAUGGGUGGGAGCUUUGACGGAGCCACGCAUAUUCUUCCAAGCGGCCAGGCUGCAUCUGCAACGGAAAUUGAGGGUCUGGUCUCUUCCGGUGCCGCUGGAGAGAACAAUAAGUCGACACGCCAGUCAAAUAGAACGGUCGCUGGAGCCUUUCUUUCGGGGAUACCUGCGAUAUCUAGUAGAGAACGCUUCUCCAUCUCUUACCGUGCGAUACUACGCUGCAGGUUUAUGCCUCAACGAUACGAUCGAGGUCAUGCAGUCGCCUCUGGCUCGGAGAAUUCCCAACGAAUCAGUCGACAACAGCGUCGAGCUUCGGGUACUACGGCCGGACUUCUACACCUCCUUCGCGGAGAGUCACGCCUUCACCGCCGAAGCAGUCUUUGCACUAUUGGCAGGAAGUGGCCUGCUGCGGGUGUCGGGCAUGGAUCGGCUGCGUGAUCUGGUGUGUGGAACGCAACUUUCUUUGUCGGAAACUCUCCAACUCUCUGUCUCAGCCGAUCUUGGUUUCCGGGUUAUCGACAGUAUCCGAAAGGGGCGGGCCGCAUCACACGCCGGGCUUUCCUUGUCUGCCCUGGACUGCUACGUGCUGACAUGUUGCACCCCGGCUGAGCAGAGGGGGUACCGGAGGCAUCUUCUGCAGCUGCUCCUUAGCCGCUACCUUGCCUUUGGCAGUGUAGGCCUUCUUCAAGCCCAAGUUUGGGUCGCUCACCUGGUUGUGGUGUGGGUCUUGCUGCGAUGUCUGGGUAUUGCUCGGCUUUUCCAAUAG